ACUUGAGUGUCGAGUGACCAUAGUUCGACACUUGACCCUGGUUCGGUUGUCGGUUGACAGUUUUCGGGUCUUCGACCACAGCUGCAGCGAUAAGGACUGCAUGCAAGUGAUGUUGCAGCGACGUAAUGAACAAGACAAGUUUGUAUGACGAGUAGAGCUUGUUUUGGACGUGGUACGCAGUCCUUGUUACUUGCUCGUUUCAAUGCGAAUCGUUGCAUUGCUGCUGCUUUGCUCAGUAUUCGCGAUGAGUGCCAAUGCGCUCCCCAGCGCACCCCGCGCCGCCCACCCAAAAGCGCCAGUCCCUCCCGCUUCCAACCCCGCGCCUGUGGUCGGCGUCCUGCUCCAACCGACGUAUGGCAACCUCGCGCCGUUCGGCUCCCAGCUGCUGCAGGCGAACAUGGUCAAGUUUUUGGAAUCCGGAGGCAGUCGCGUCGUCCCAAUUCCUCUCGAUGCGCCGGAGGACGUUCUCGACGGGCUGCUCCGAAGCGUGAAUGGCGUUGCUUUCAUGGGAGGCGCAACCAACAUUAUUGUCGAGCCGGACAGCCCAUACUUUGCCCAGGCAACGCGCAUUUUCAACUACACCCUUCAGGCGAACGACGCCGGUGAUUACUUUCCCUUGCUCGGCAUCUGCCUGGGACAUCAGCUCCUGCUCUUGAUGGCUGGCCACGACCAGCAUCUCAUGGACAAUAUCACGUUCGACUCUGAGGAUUUGAGCCUGCCGUUGGACUUUGCGGCCGAUGCCGCUGAUGCACGCUUUGUGCAUGCCAUUCCCGAGCAACUGCGGCAGCCGCUGCAGUUCGAGCCCCUGACAGACAACCAGCAUCAUAACGGCGUCACUCCCGACGCCUUUAGCAGGAAUCGCCAUCUGCCUUCCUUUUUCCGCGUGAUUUCGACCAAUCUCGAUCGUAAAGGCCAGCCUUUCGUCUCCACCGUCGAGGCGUUCAACUAUCCGAUCUGGGGAGUUCAGUGGCACCCCGAGCGCCCGCUGUUUGAAUGGUCGGACGAGGUGAAUCGAUCUCUCGAGGCCAUCCAGGUCGGCCAGUUUGUGUCGUCCUUCUUUAUCGAAGAGACCAAGAGAAGCCCACAUCGCUUCCCAUCGCAAUCCGCCGAACUUGCCGCGCUCGUCUACCAAGACCCCAUCACGUACACUUACGCGCUCACCAAUGGGAGCUACGCACAGAUGUACUUUUAUCCACCGUAUCAUCAAAUGCAGCGCUUCCAGUAGCUCGCAAUGUUUUGGGUUUGCAAAAAACAC